AUGUUAAUAAAACCCCACCAUGAGACUCCAAGACACCCCCACCAAGAACUGGCCUGGGCUUUUGGUGACAGAAAUAAUGAGACAUGGUUCCCACGGGGAAUCCGCUUUGAUGGCUGGGGUAAUGGCAUUGCGUGGACCAACUAUCGUGAGCUUCAUGUCAAGAUACAAUUGUUGCAGAGUAUCUAUCCGAGCCCAGCUCAGGAGCGAAAAAAGGAGGUUGUUAUUUUCAGAUACGAUGAUACUCAUGGUCCCAUUUUCAAGGCACAUGUUGAUCAGCAUCGCCACCCACUCCAGCUACAGCAGGUCCCUUGA